CAUCGCCCAAGGCCUCAUUCGAGCAGGCAAAGUGGAAGCUAAGCAAGUGCUGGCCAGUGCACCAACAGACAGGAAUCUCUGUCACUUCAGGGCUCUGGGUUGUCAGACUACUCACUCCAACCAGGAAGUGCUGCAGAACUGCUCACUUAUCAUCUUUGCCACCAAGCCUCAAGUUCUGCCAGAUGUUCUGGCAGAAGUGGCUCCUGUAGUCACCACUGAGCACAUUGUGGUGUCUGUGGCUGCUGGGGUGUCUCUGAGUUCUCUGGAGGAGCUGCUGCCCCCGAAAACAAGAGUGUUGCGAGUCUCUCCCAAUCUACCUUGCAUAGUUCAGGAGGGGGCCAUGGUGAUGGCACGGGGCCACCAUGCUGGGAAUGACGACGCUGAGCUCCUACAGAACUUGCUGGAGGCCUGUGGACAGUGCAUAGAGGUUCCUGAGUCCUAUGUAGAUAUCCAUACUGGCCUCAGUGGCAGUGGUGUGGCCUUUGUGUGCACAUUCUCAGAGGCCCUGGCUGAAGGUGCCAUCAAGAUGGGCAUGCCCAGUGGCCUGGCCCACCGCAUUGCUGCCCAGACUCUGCUGGGAACUGCCAAGAUGCUGCAGCAGGAAGGGAAGCACCCAGCCCAGCUUCGGACUGAUGUGCUCACACCAGCUGGAACCACCAUCCAUGGACUUCACGCCCUAGAGCAGGGGGGUCUUCGAGCAGCUGCCAUGAGUGCAGUGGAAGCGGCUACCUGCCGGGCUAAGGAACUCAGCAAGAAGUAAGCCAGGUUCCAAGUGAGACUAUAAGACUAUAAGACAUUCAGUGAAGGAAGCAGGGGAUGCUGAGUCAUUUGAUCCUCAUCUGUGAUUCCAGCUCCUCCCUCCUCCACCUCUCAGCCAGUUGUAAUUGUGUUCCAAUUGCACAUUGCCUCAUGGUCUCAGGAGGUGGUAGAGUAUGUAGCCUGUGGAAGAUUAACUGAAGCAGGAAAGGUUUCCGUCUUUGCAGACAUGGGGGACAUCAUCAUCCAUGCUGGCAUGAGGUGUUUUCAUGGUGUGGCUGCUUUGGGGUCACCCACAGUCCUGAAAGCAACACCCACCCAUGCUCUGUAAGCCCAAUAAACUCAUUGGUUCCCCAAGUUGGA